AUGGCCAAUAUGGCUACUCAUGCAAUGAAUGUAUCAAGAUUACUAUCUUUGGACGUAUAUCGUUCACCGGAUUCAUUUGUUCGUACAUCCCCUUGCGAACUGGGUGAAGAAGAUUCAGAGGGGGAGGGCGGAGGCGAAAAUAAGGUUCGAAACGAGGACUACCCGUACCGACCUGGAUGUUCGAGUGAACUACCAUCAUCACCAUCAAUACAAGCUAUCAACAACAACAAUGCACGAUCACCCAUCGGUCAUGCGCAGCAGCCUCAACAUCAAAAUCCUUUGGUAGACAGUCACAGAUCACAAUCAUCAUUUUCAGGCCAUGAAGUUCAAAGUGACUUUGACUUUGAUAAUGGUGACUACUACUUUUACCACUCGGACGACAAUUGUCCGAACUCGAACUUAGAUGUUGAGAAAGAAUCGGAUGGCACUUGCUCGACAACAACCGAAAGCGAAGUAGAGGAAAUGGAAGAUGGCAAACCCAAACUCACCGCUAUCACUUGA